GUCAAAUGUAGUCCUAAUAGCCUGACGACGAAAAUAGCACCUAUGAAGCGAAAAUUAUGCGUUGCGCCUUCAUUCAACUGUGAAGACGAUAUGGAGGAGCUGAAUGUAGCAGCUCUAUCCCGGAGAAAGGAGUCGGCAGCGCCGCUGACGGGGGAGAGAGAGACAACCAUCUUCCAUCACGUUUUCUCUUAUCCACUGGCUCUGGUACUACGGUUAAGGGUUUUACAGAUUGUAUGCGGCAUAUCAGCUAUGGUGAUGGGAAGCGUGGCCUUCAUAGAAGAGAGGCAGAAGUUCAACAUGGGGCUCGGCAUCCCGGCGGGAGGGAUCAGUGUAGUUGCAGCAGCUGUAUCAAUACACACGUCGCGGGGUUGGAGCGCCGUAGCGAGCGGAGCGGGAGCGGGCGCGGGCGUUGCUAGUGUGCUGUGGGCGGCCGCGGCUUGCUUACUGCUGGCGCUGGUCGUGCAGUGCUGUAGGACGAUACUGGACCCGCCUGGGCUUAAUUACAGUGACGGCCCCACAAUCGACGACUCGCGGCCCGCCUCCAGAGACCUUGUGGUCAUCGCGUGCGUGCAAAUAGCGCUCGCUGCAGCCACGCUUCUGAGCGCAGCUGUCUGCGCUCGCAUCGAUUGUGGCGCUUGACGCGAGCCGCAGCGCUCGCUGACACGCCGCCGCGUCAGCGAAGUGCCCCCAAACGCUACCUCGUCCGCUCCCGCCGAUAAUAUAGUACCUUCCAAUGUCACUAUCGAGAGGGAAAAAGGCGGGAGAGUCGCUUGGCUGAUAUAAAAUACUGUUGUGUGAUUGUGAGUGGUGGUGCGUAAUUUAUAUUCAGAACUAAAAUGAGUAAAUCUUACGGUCGAUAAUUUGAGUCAAUGACAGCUAUUACGCUAAAGGCGAGAUUUAGGCCUUAUCCAGGAGUGUGAAUUCGCUGCGAAUGUCUUCUCGCGAACACGAGCGUAUGUAUGACGCGAUUUACGUGCGAAUUUUCACCUUGCGCGUAUCUUGUGGACGCAAUGUAUUGGCUGCUAGUAUCGCGCCACCGCGCAUAGGAUUCGCGGCGAAUUCGCCCUCCUGGACAAGGCCUUAGUGUUUGCUGACGUUUCAGCAAAGUUCCGAAAGACGCCUAUUCUGGCACAACCCCUUUAACCCUUUAAUACUGACGCAAAGGUCGAACAGUCAAAGUGAUCUCUUAGUCAAGAUAGUAAUAGAGGUUUGUUGAAUGAGGAUGAACUGUCUAAUUUUCGGUAAAAUCUAGAGUCUGUAACUUAAAUAUGUGCAAAAAACCGAUAGAAUAAUACAUACCUCUAAAAGAUAACUCUACAUGCUGAAGUCAGCGGCAUCAACUCUGUGAAUGUUGUCUCAAAUUGUGUGCAUACUCUUUUGUACGUAUAAACUUUAUACCUUAACUCUACCUAUACUUUAUACUAUAAAUAGUUUCAGUAAAAAACGUGGCUUCAGUGUGUAGAGUGCCUUAGUUGUGAGCAUUACAUUAUUCUACCAAGUUUGAUUAUUUAGCUUCUUUUGAUGUCAAAUUCAACUAAAAACAAACAUGUCAACUCAUGUUUCAUAUUGUGUCUAAACAUCUUUUAUAUUCAAAUUAGUAUUUUGGUUAACGUUAUUCUAGUCUACUCAAGAGCUAGGAUCACAAAGAAAUUAAGUUCGGAGCCAAAGUCACAAGAUGUAAGUAAUUUAUUUUCUUGUAAAUAUUCAUAAUUAG